GGUGACGGUUUUUACGUCCGUUUUCCGGAAAAUCAGCAAUUUUCUCCAAUACUAACGGAUCCCUGAGAAGCGUGUGCAAUGAGUGAAGGAGGUGGACCACCACCCGCGGUUCGCCACCGGAAGAAAAGUGCCGGCGAUGGUGGUCCGCGACAGAACCGUAAAUCGAAGUUUAGCUCCGGUGCUGGAACCGGUGGUUCCUCACCGUCCGUUGCCCAGCAACAUCAAAUGUGGGCCCGUGUCGUGCUGAUGGUAGCCAUCGCAGCAAUCGUGUACUUCACCACAUUCCGAACGCGGGAGAAGAAGUUUGCGACACAGCGGGAGGUGCUGGAGCUGCGUUCGCAACCCCUCGACUGCUCCCGGGCGUACCUGGAGGAGAUCUCGAAGUUCGCCGGCUGCAUACCGGCCCAGUGUGGUCGGUUCGUCAGUGAUAAGAUAGUGUCGACGGCCGAAGCCGGUAUUCUGCUCGACCUAGCCCGUGCCGGCUUCGAGCACGGCCAAUCAUCCGGAGGUGCCUCCAUACUGGAUCUGCACUCGGGGGCGCUCUCGCAGGGCACGCAGUUCGUUAACAUCUAUCGACUGCCGGAAGCACGGCGUGUCUUCACCACGCAGCACAUCAAUGUGUACCGGCACGUGAAGGAGAAGGUACGACAAGCCGUGGCCGACCAUUUCCGACUGUCCGUCGAUGGUCUGCACCUGACGCACCCGACCUUUUUCUCUCGCCUUACGAACGGGACGGCCAAAACGAUCCACGACGAAUACUGGCAUCCGCACGUCGACAAGGAAACGUACAGCUCGUUCCACUACACCACGCUGCUCUAUCUGACCGACUACGGGAAAGACUUUACCGGUGGUCGGUUCGUGUUCAUCGACAGCGAGGGCAAGCAUAAUCGCACCAACGUGUACAUCGAACCGCGACGGGCUCGUGUCAGUGGGUUCACGUCGGGGGCUGAGAAUAUGCAUCAUGUGGAGCAGGUUACCGGAGGGAUUCGGUUCGCCAUCACGAUUUCCUUCACCUGCGAUCCCGAGCAUGCGAUGGGAGAUCCAAAGAUGACCCUCGAACAGGAUGAUGGUGAGAAUGGAGGCGUACCAGAUGACAUCAAUCAGACUGUCCCCUGAGAUAAGGCUGUGCACGUUACCAAUUCCGCCGCCAGUGCUACCAGCACCGUAUUAGUCAUUCAGACGCUAGAAGAGUUCAAUGCGUGAGCAUUCCUUAUGAUGUGCCACACAACCGCAACCACCAGUCAGCAGAAAGGGAGCCACUGAAACAGUAUUUCAUUUGUAGUUCAAUUUGCUUUAAAAAGAAAUGUUUUUUUUUAAGAUCAAUCACGCUUCAUCGUGGUAUAGAUAAUAGCAGUAGCAGCAGGUCGAGGGUUGCGCCGCAUGGCUCGGCAAGAACCAACGUAGCGGUAUCCUAUGGUAACGAACAAAGCAUGGUUACAAAGCAAUACACACUGUAUGUAAUUUUAAACACAUUCGCGUAAAGCACGCAUCAUUAUUGGAUGAAAUAAAGUAAAAGAACACUCACUCAGUAUAAAUCCUGAAACUAGAGUCCCGUUUUUGG